GACAGCCAAUAUGGUUACCAACAGUUUCAAUAACCAGACAGCCAAUAAGGUUACCAACAGUUUCAAUAACCAGACAGCCAAUAAGGUUACCAACAAUUUCAAUAACCAGACGGCCAAUAAGGUUACCAACAGUUCCAAUAACCAGACAGCCAAUAUGGUUACCAACAGUUUCAAUAACCAGACAGCCAAUAAGGUUACCAACAGUUCCAAUAACCAGACAGCCAAUAUGGUUACCAACAGUUCCAAUAACCAGACAGCCAAUAAGGUUACCAACAGUUCCAAUAACCAGACAGCCAAUAUGGUUACCAACAGUUCCAAUAACCAGACAGCCAAUAUGGUUACCAACAGUUUCAAUAACCAGACAGCUAAUACUGUCACAACGAUAGUGUUAAUUUUUUUUUUCAAUGAUUGCCUUUAUGAAAGCCAAAAGUAUAUUGCUCAAGUUUGAAAGAAGCAAUGAAAGAGGAAAUACAAGACUAUUAAAUUAUAGAAAAGCUACCAUCCCUAUUCCUGACAACAACAUAUAGCUCUCAGAUAACAGCAAACAAGCAUCUCAUUUAUAAUAAAUACUAUCUUCAUUAAAACAGGCAUUUAAAAUAAAACUAAUAUUAUUUUAAAAAAAUUAAAACAACUUUGAAAAAUCAGGAACAAAUGUAUAGGUAAAUGGAAUAGUGUCUGAAUGAAUUUAUUGGGUGAUUUAAUGGAAUGGUGUCUGAAUGAAUUUAUUGGGUGAUUUAAUGGAAUGGUGUCUGAAUGAAUUUAUUGGGUGA